CUCCACAGCGCGAAGGUAGCAUGGAUCUUCCUGUGGAUGAAUGGAAAGCCUACCUACUUGACAAGUGGGCUUUACUCCCAAAGUCCGUGCAGGUCACAAUUUCUACAGCAGAGACUCUGAGCGACAUAUUUCUUCAUUCCUCUUCUCUUCUUCAACCUAAGGAUGAGAUGUUUUUAAAGCGGCUUUCUAGUGGUUACUUGGUGGAAAAGGACUAUGAUGCUCCCCUUUUCUACAGAGAAGAAGGAAACAAAAAAUUCCAAGAGAAGGAUUAUACAGGCGCUGCCGUGCUGUACUCCAAGGGAGUGUCACAUUCAAGGCCUAACACUGAGGACAUUUCCCUGUGCUAUGCUAACCGCUCUGCAGCCCUGUUCCAUCUGGGUCAGUAUGAGGCAUGCCUUAAAGACAUAGUGAGAGCAGGUAUGCACGGGUACCCUGAAAGACUGCAACCCAAGAUGAUGGUGCGUAAGACAGAGUGCCUGGUGAACCUGGGGAGGCUACAGGAGGCGAGACAGACAAUCAGUGAUCUUGAAAGCAGCCUCACUGCCAAGCCAGCCCUAGUGCUGUCCUCUCAUCAGAUUCUGCAGAGGAGCCUCCAGCACCUAAAAAUGAAGAUACAAGAAAAGGAGACUGUCCCAGAACCCUUCCCUGCAGCCCUCACCAAAGCCUUUGAGGACGUGGCCCUAGGGGAAGAGAACGAACAGAUCUCUGGGGCAUCGCUGUCUGUCAGCUUAUGCACAGACCCUUUGAAAGGCCGCCAUCUAGUUGCCACAAAAGACAUUCUCCCAGGAGAGCUCCUGGUGAAGGAAGAUGCUUUUGUAAGUGUCCUUAAUCCAGGAGAAAUGCCGCCAUUGCGUCAUGGCCUAGAAAACAGGUGGGAUACCAGAGUUACCAAUGGAGACCUCUGUUGUCACCGAUGUCUGAAGCACACUUUGGCCACGGUACCCUGCGGCAGCUGCAGCUAUGCCAGAUACUGCAGCCAGGAAUGCAUGCAGCAGGCCUGGGAGCUCUACCAUAGCACAGAGUGUUCUCUGGGGGGGCUGCUUCUCACGCUUGGGCUCUUCUGCCAUGUUGCCCUGAGAGUGACUCUUUUAGCCAGAUUUGAAGAUGUUGACAGAGUUGUAAGGAUGCUUUGUGAUGAGACUGGUAACAAAGACAUCUGUUUACCUGGAAACAGGAAUCAGGCCAAGACAUUUAAUAACACAAACCAGGGGGAUAGUGAAGAGAACAGCAAAAUAGGUGACGCCCCAAUUCCUGGAUGUAGUGUCAAUGGCAAGUAUGAAAGUAGUUAUAGUGCCGUCUUCAGCCUCUUACCCCACACUGAAAAGCACAGCCCGGAGCACAAGUUCAUGUGUGCCCUCAGUGUCUACGCACUCUGCAGGCAGCUCAAAGCCGCCAGCUUGGAGGCCCAAACCAUGGGCUUACAGUCCUCCAAGCUAAAAGCAGUGACUCCAGGGUUGUGUGCAGAUUUGACUGUUUGGGGAGUAGCCAUGCUGCGGCAUGUGCUACAGCUGCAGUCUAAUGCCCAGGCGAUCACCUCCAUAUGGCACACAGGGUCUAAGGAGAGCAUUGUUACCAGCAGCAGGCAGGUGCGCCUUGCCACGGGCAUUUUCCCCGUUGUCAGCCUCCUGAACCACUCCUGCCGUCCCAACACUAGUGUGUCCUUCACUAGCACGGUCGCCACCAUCCGAGCAGCACAGCACAUCAGAAAAGGACAAGAGAUUGUGCACUGCUAUGGGCCUCAUGAGAGCCGGAUGCGUGCUGCUGAGAGGCAGCGGAAGCUGAGUGCCCAGUACUUCUUUGACUGCAAUUGUCCAGCCUGUCACGCUGAGACCCUGGGCACAGCUGCAGCACCCAGGUGGGAAGCCUUCUGUUGUAGCACUUGCAGAGCGUGCAUGCAGGGAAAUGAUGUGCUGAGCUGUAGCAACCAAGCUUGCACGGAAUCCGUCAGCAGGGACCGCCUGGUCUCUCGCCUACAGGACCUUCAACGACAGGUUUCCAUGGCCCAGAUGCUUCUCAGAAAUGGCAAACCAGAGCAAGCCGUUCAGCAGCUGUUGGGGUGCCAGGAGGCUGCCGAGAGCUUCUUGUCAGCAGAACACACCGUGCUGGGGGAAAUUGAAGACGGCCUGGCCCAGGCCUAUGCUACCUUAGGGGACUGGCGAAAGUCUGCUGCCCAUGUGCAGAGGAGUCUCCAGGUGGUUGAAGCUCGCCAUGGGCCAUCCAGUGUUGAAAUUGGCCAUGAGCUCUUCAAACUGGCCCAAGUCUUGUUCAACGGGUUGGCAGUGCCUGAAGCUCUGAGUGCCGUAGGGAAGGCAGAACAGAUCCUGUUGGUGCACUGUGGCCCUGAGAGUGAUGAGGUCCGGGAGCUCCGCGAGAUGAGGUCCUGCCUAGAGGACUCAGCAUGCAGCCCUGUGGGGCCUUAGGUGUAGGGUGGCCAUUCUCGCCCACCCACAGGAAAGGGACUCUUGCGGAAGAAUCAAAGAAGUUGUGUUGGCUUGGCACUGUCGUCACAAAGGAUGGAACCUUCCCAACUGCCCUAAGCCUGGUGCAGGGAGCACUUGGAAAACAGUGGUUGAGAGACACUUGCCUGUCCUGCUAGCUGCUGCUUGCAGGAGUUAACUGCCCUCUACCAGAAACCUCGUCCCCAGAAAAGACUUCCCAGCAGUGUCUGUAGAGGCUGCGUGCUUUGAAGGGUGGCAGCUCAUCUGCAGCAGGUGAUACUAGCCUAGGGUGUUGGCUCGAUUUCAU